AUGAUUUUAUUGAAAAUAUUUCUCUUCACAUUUUUUAUUCAUACUUCCCAUCAACUUAACAAUGGUCUUGGUCGAACACCUCAAAUGGGAUGGGAGGGUUGGAAUUAUUUAGGAUGUAAUUUCAAUGAAAAGGUCAUUCAACAAACAUCAGAUGCAAUGGUUGCCACAGGUCUUGCUGCUCUCGGUUAUGAAUAUGUUGAAGUUGAUUGUUGGCAACUGAGUCGAGAUGCACAAGGUACUAUUCAAGCUGAUCCAGAAAAAUUUCCAAAUGGUAUGCCAGCUCUUGUCGAUUAUGUUCAUUCACGAAAACUUAAAUUCGGAAUCUAUUCAGAUGCUGGAUUUAAAACAUGUGAUGAUCUACCAGGUUCAUUGCACUAUGAAACUAAAGAUGCCAAUACAUAUGCUUCAUGGGGUGUAGAUUAUUUGAAAUAUGACAAUUGUUAUGAUGAUGGAACUAAACCAGAAGUAAGAUAUCCAAUUAUGAGAGAUGCAUUGAAUGCAACUGGAAGACCUAUCUUCUUUGCCAUGUGUGAAUGGGGUAUUGAUUCACCUGCUCUUUGGGCAGCCAAUGUUGGAAAUAGUUGGAGAACAACACAAGACAUUAAAGAUAACUGGAAAUCGAUGUUGUAUAACAUUGAUAUUAACAAUGAAUUUGCAGAUAGAGCAGGUCCUGGUGGUUGGAAUGAUCCUGAUAUGCUUGAAGUUGGAAAUGGUGGUAUGACUGAUACAGAAUAUGUUUCUCAUUUUUCUCUUUGGGCUAUCAGUAAAGCACCACUUCUUAUUGGAUGUGAUGUUACUAAGAUGAGUGCAGCUACUUUAUCAACUCUUACAAAUCCUGAAGUAAUUGCUGUUAAUCAAGAUCCAUUAGGUAUUCAAGGAAAGAAAGUUGCUUUUCAACCAUCACAAUUAAAGAAUGCAUCAAGUGAUGUCAUUGUUGUUAAUUGUUCAUCAUUUUCAUUAAAUAUAAAUCCAGAACGUUUUCAAUGGAGAUACUAUAGUCAAGAUGGAUCAAUUCGUUCAGUUUUUGAUGGUCGAUGUCUCUCAAUUGAAAAUUGUAGUAGUGCAGAAACUGCAAAUAUUGUAAUGAAUGAAUGUCAUAUAGAUGAUCCACAUGCACAAUGUCAAGGAAAAAAUCAACAAUGGAUUAUUAAUACAGUAGAUCAAACUAUUAUUUCUAAAAUGAAUGGAAAAUGUUUGGAUGUAUAUAAUUUUGAUGGACCAAAUGUAGAUGUACAUACAUGUAAUAAACAAGAUAAUCAAGCAUGGAUAUGGAAUUCAAUUGAUGGAACAGUUCGAAAUAAAUACAAUGGUGCAUGUUUAACAUCACAAGCAGAACUUGAAAUAUGGGCAGGUCCACUUUCAGAUGGUUCACAAGCAGUACUUUUAUUCAAUCGAGUUAAUAGUGGAAGUGAACCAAUCACUGUUGAAUGGAGUGAUAUUGGUUUUCCUACUAAUCAUUCAGCUAUUGUUCGUGAUUUAUGGGCACGUAAAGAUCUUGGAACAUUUACUGGUAGUUAUACAUCACCUAACAUUGAUCAUCAUGCAGUCGUGAUGUUAAAAAUUACUCUUACUAAGUAG